AUGCAAGGAGUUGUUUUCUCUUCUGGAAUAUUUUCUAAGACAAUUGAGAAAUCAGUUGCGGAUAUUUUGAGAAUUGAUCUCCGUGUCAAUCUUACUGCAAACAGUGAGGACAAGCCAUUUUGCAUACCUUCAGAAUACGAAGACCACCUGACAUCACCCACUGCUUUUCUGGACAGUGACGUGAUUUUGCAAGCAUCUGUAUUUCAUCGCUCUUUAAAUACAACGUUCUAUUGGAACAUUUCUGGUGAAAGAUUCACUACAUUUGCAACAGCCCAACAGUUUUCUUCAACUACAAUUCAUCGAUUCAAAAAAGCAGGUCUUCAUGAAAUCACUGUUAUUGUGUGGGAUGGACAACGAGAAAGCCAAUCAACAAUAACAAUAAUUGUUGUGAUUCCAAUCCUGUUUAACUUCGAUUACUCCUUUGAACCAUCUUACGUUGUUGGACAUCCCAUUUCAGCAACUAUUUUGGCAACUAUAACCAGCAACAGAAAAUGGAAUGCUGCGAUAACAUGCAAAAACUUCAAAGCUUAUACUAGGCUGGACGUACCUAAGAAUAAUAAAAAAACCUGUUCAUUAUCCAAAACUAUAUUUACUUGGCAUUUUAAUCGACCCGGAAUAUUCAACUGUUUGUUGUUUGUUACUGAUGGAAGAUUCAUACUUGGAACUCGACGAUAUUUGUUUUAUAUGUAUCCAGAGAUCAGAAAUGUGGCUAUCGAAAUUGAUGACACUGUUAAAACCGAAACUUUGAUUCCUGCUGGUGUGGUCUUUCAUCAAAAUAUUGGUCAGCUUGAGUUUGCUGUUGAAUGGACCAUCAUUCAUCCCAAUUAUCAACGAUCAAGUGUGGUACAUGACAAUGACACUAUUUUGCUACUCUUUCCCCAUCCUGGCAAUUAUAAAGUCUUUGCUACUGUUUCGAAUAUUUUUAGUAAAGCCAUGACAGCAAUAGACAUCACAGCUUUAGACGGCAUUCAAAAUGUAACUGUUGAACCAUUGCAGUCGGUUUUUUAUAUUAAAAUAAACACUUCUCUUCCAUUUUCGGUAAAUUGCUUAAAAGGAACUAAUGUAAGAUGUCACUGGCUAAUAAUCUGUAGUUAUCCAUAUCUAUACAAUGAAACUAAAAGUGAAAUCAUUCGCAAAUGUGAGGUAAUGCCAACAUUUAUUUCUUCUGGUUCGUGCAAAUUGUCUUUAAGAAUCUACAACGAUGUAGACUUAAUAACUUAUCCUUUUACGUGGACUGUGUUCAUUGAAAAAGCCAUACCAUCUCUACAAGUCUCUAUUCCAGUCUCAACUAAAAUAAACUCAAUGAUAAGUGUAGGAGUUUAUAUUCCAGAUUACACUAUGCAAGCUGCUGUUGACAUGCAUGCAUUUAAUUCGCAAACAAAUGCUAGUUUUGAUAUGUUGGAUUGGGUAUACAAAUCGACCUUGCUUGCGAAGGGCCUCGGACAGCAAUGGAUUAGAAUCAGAGCCUAUAACAAUGUAUCGACUAUUACAUCCAGGCAAUUGGUCACUGUGUUUGAUGACAUUGGUACAGUUUCCAUUUCUUCUAUUGGUUGUCAAGUGGUGGGUUUUUCGGCAAGAUUCGUAGUUUUUAUCGAAGGUAAGAUUCUUUGAUGUAUUGAUCUUAAAAAUAAAUUUCGCUAUUUUAUCUUUUUAUAAAAUUAACUGUAACAACACUGAUGGAUAACACUGAUGGAUGAGGAAUAAAUGACG